AUGACCCAGCCAGUUCCCCCCUCGUUCAAGGAUGUCGGAAAGUCGGUAAACGACCUCCUCGGCAAGGAUAUCCCCAUCCACGGCUCUACCCUCGAGGUCAAGACCAGGACCCCCUCCGGCGUCACCUUCAAGGUCCUCGGCGUCCGUGACACCAAGUCCGGUGCCAUCUCCGGCGACCUCGAGGCCAAGUUCGAGGACAGGAAGAACGGCUUCAACCUCACCCAGGCCUGGUCCACUGCCAAUGUCCUGCGCAACCACAUCGAGCUGGAGAACCACAUUGCCAAGGGACUCAAGCUCGAGCUCAUCUCCAGCCUCCUCCCCGACAAGCAGGCAAAGAAUGUCCUCGUCGCUUCCACCUACAAGCAGCCAGGUCUCCACACCCGCCAGUUCCUCGACCUCUUCAAGGGACCCAUCUUCACCGCCGACGCCGUUCUGGGCCGUGACGGUUUCCUGGCUGGUGCCGAGGCAUCGUACGACGUAAAGGCCUCCAAGGUCUCCAAGUACAACCUCGCCGCCGGCUUCAACGCCCCCGAGUACGCCAUUACCCUCCAGGGUCUGGGCAACCUCUCCACCUACUCUGCCUCGUACUACCACCGUGUCAAUGCCGACAUUGAGGCUGGUGCCCGAGCCACCUACGACUCCAAGUCGGCCGCCGACGGAAGGGUCAACCUCGAGGUGGGAUCCAAGGUCUACCUCGACAAUGCCGCCUUUGUCAAGGCAAAGAUCAACAACCUGGGUGUCUUCUGCCUCGGCUACACCCAGGCACUGCGACCUGGUGUCAAGGCCUCCCUGGGCCUCGCACUCGACACUGCCAAGCUCGCAUCGGCCGAGUCGAGCGCAGUCGCCCACAAGGUUGGCGCUUCGCUCACCUUUGAGUCUUAA